UGAAACGAGUAGGCAUUUACUACAGUGGCCAUAUAAAGCAGCGUAAAUUUGGUUUGUAAUUCGUGGUGGGAGAGAGACUCCGUCGCCGAGUACUGUCAUUCAUACGUCUAGCCACAAUCCGCAUCAAAGCAAGGUUCUUCAGCAUAUCGCUGAUUUGCGCCCACGCCCCGACGGAAGCGAAGGACGAUGUUAUCAAAGAAGCCUUUUAUGAGUGCUUGGAGCGCACUUAUGAAGGCUGCCCCCGCCACUAUGUCAAAAUCGUGCUUGGCGACUUUAACGCCAGGGUGGGCAAAGAAGGUAUCUUUGGCACUACGGUCGGUAAAUUCAGCCUCCACGAGGAAACAUCCCCAAAUGGGUUGAGGCUGAUCGACUUCGCCGGGGCCCGAAAUAUGGGCGAAAAAAUUCAUCAAGCUACCUGGCUGUCUCCGGAUCGAAAAACUACCAACCAGAUCGAUCAUGUUGUGAUAGACGGAAGACAUGUCUCCAGUGCGUGCGCUCCGAGGUCCUAACAUCGACUCGGACCACUAUCUUGUUGCAGCCAAGAUUCGCACCCGUCUCUGUGCAGCAAAAAACGCACGCCAACAAACACAAGGAAGGUUCGACGUCGAAAAGCUGCAAUCACAACAGACUGCAGAACGAUUUUCUACUCGGCUUGCACUCCUGCUUUCUGAGAGCACUCAUCAACAACUCGGUAUAAGGGAACUGUGGGACGGCAUUUCAAACUCCUUACGUACAGCUGCAUCCGAAACCCUUGGUUUUCGGAAAGUGCAAAAGAACAACUGGUACGACGAGGAGUGCCGCGCCGCAGCGGAGAGAAAACAGGCUGCCUACCUCGCAACGUUACGAUCGACCACAACACGUGCGGGAUGGGAUAGAUACCGAGAAUUGAAGAAGGAAGCGAGACGCAUCUGCAGACAGAAAAAGAAAGAGGCCGAAAUGCGUGAGUAUGAAGAGCUUGAUAAGCUGGCCGACAGGGGUAAUGCUCGAAAAUUCUACGAAAAAAUGCGGCGGCUUACAGAAGGUUUCAAGACCGGAGCAUACUCUUGUAGAACCCCCAAAGGUGAUCUAGUCACUGAUGCCCAGAGUAUACUUAAAUUAUGGAGGGAACACUUCUCCAGCCUGCUGAAUGGCAGUGAACGCACAACACCAGGAGAAGGAGAACCCGAUUCCCCAAUCGAUGACGAUGGAGCAGACGUACCAUUACCCGACCAUGAAGAAGUUCGAGUAGCAAUUGCCCGCCUGAAGAACAACAAAGCGGCAGGGGCCGACGGAUUGCCGGCCGAGCUAUUCAAACACGGCGGCGAAGAACUGAUAAGGAGCAUGCAUCAGCUUCUUUGUAAAAUAUGGUCGGACGAAAGCAUGCCCAACGAUUGGAAUUUAAGUGUGCUAUGCCCAAUCCAUAAAAAAGGUGACCCCACAAUCUGCGCCAACUACCGUGGGAUUAGCCUCCUCAACAUCGCAUAUAAGGUUCUAUCGAGCGUAUUGUGUGAAAGAUUAAAGCCCACCGUCAACAAACUGAUUGGACCUUAUUAGUGUGGCUUCAGACCUGGAAAAUCAACAACAACCGACCAGAUAUUCACCAUGCGCCAAAUCUUGGAAAAGACCCGUGAAAGGAGAAUCGACACACACCACCUCUUCGUCGAUUUCAAAGCUGCUUUCGACAGCACGAAAAGGAGCUGCCUUUAUGCCGCGAUGUCUGAAUUUGGUAUCCCCGCAAAAGUAAUACGGCUAUGUAAACUGACGUUGAGCAACACUAAAAGCUCCGUCAGGAUCUUGAAGGACCUCUCCGAGCCGUUCGAUACCAAACGAGGUUUCAGACAAGGCGACUCCCUAUCGUGCGACUUCUUCAACCUGCUUCUGGAGAAAAUAGUACGAGCUGCAGAACUAAACAGAGAAGGUACCAUCUUCUAUAAGAGUGUACAGCUGCUGGCGUAUGCCGACGAUAUUGAUAUCAUCGGCCUCAACACCCGCGCCGUUAGUUCUGCUUUCUCCAGGCUGGACAAGGAAGCACAGAAAAUGGGUCUGGCAGUAAACGAGGGCAAGACGAAAUAUCUCCUGUCAUCAAACAAACAGACGUCGCACUCGCGACUUGGCUCUCACGUCACUGUUGACAGUCAUAACUUUGAAGUCGUAGAUAAUUUCGUCUAUCUUGGAACCAGCGUAGACACCACCAACAAUGUCAGCCUAGAAAUCCAACGCAGGAUAACUCUUGCCAACAGGUGCUACUUCGGACUGAGUAGGCAAUUGAAAAGUAAAGUCCUCUCUCGACGAACAAAAGCCAAGCUCUAUAAGUCGCUCAUAAUUCCCGUCCGGCUAUAUAGUGCAGAGGCUUGGACGUUGUCAACAACUGAUGAGUCGACGUUGCGAGUUUUCGAGAAAAAAGUUCUGCGAAAGAUUUAUGGUCCUUUGCGCAUUGGCCACGGCGAAUAUCGCAUUCGAUGGAAAGAUGAGCUGUACGAGAUAUACGACGACAUUGACAUAGUUCAAAACACUCCAGCUCUGAAAGUAUUCGACGCUGUACCCGCCGGGGGAAGCAGAGGAAGAGGAAGACCUCCACUCCGUUGGAAGGACCAAGUGGAGAAGGACCUGGCUACGCUUGGAAUAUCCAAUUGGCGCCACGUAGCGAAAAGGAGAAACGACUGGCGCGCUGUUGUUAACUCGGCUAUAAUCGCGUAAGCGGUGUCUAAGCCAAUUAAGAAGAAGAAGAAACUAAAGACUAAAGCCCUCCAUUAAAAAACCUUAUCCUAUUUGUGUGACUGUCUUGUUCUUCUUUACUAGAUUAGACACCGCUUACGCGUUUAUAUAUUCAAUAUACUCGCAUUGCUGGAAAAAUAACCACAGACGAUAACUGAAAACAAGAGUCUAAUGUUUGAACUCAAUUUCUAUGUAAAUAUUCUCGAACGUGCCUUUCCCCGCAAAAUUAAAGGACCACGUGGUCCAAAUGAACUAUGACUCGAAUAGGCCUGGCUAUUACCACAUUUUAUGCUGCACUGGACUACGUCAAUAUUUGAGCAUUGUCUUUUUCUUGAUUGUUCGGCUAUUUGAUUCGACUCUGCCAAAUAUCAUUAAUAAAAUUUUACGUUUUCAUAUGCUCCGAGUGUUAAAAUAAUCAAAAUGCGAGAAGAGAAAAAGUUUCUAAACUUCGGCAGAAAUUUCCCAAACAUUUAUUGGUAAUUAAAUUACUGAAUUUUA